UUCUCUCUCUGCGUUUCAUCUACCAUUCAACUCACCAUGACAUAAGCCUUUCUUUCUCUACUGUAAUGAAUUUUAUUUAUUUAUUUGUUUAUUAGCUAAACUAUGUGCGUCGUCUUCUUUCAUUAAGCUUCAAGUUCAAUUCUUUUCGUUUCGUUUCGUUUUGUUCGCGUUCAUGUCGUCUUCACAAUCCUCCGCCACGGCGGCGGCCGAUGGCUCUGAGAGUGAGGCGCCUCUCCUCCGUCCACGAGAAUCCACUCCGUCACCUACUGCUGUUGCCGCUCGCCCCGCAAAUCUUGCGCUCUUGCUCGGCCGUGUCACCGGCCGCGCCCGAGGCCCGUCUAUGCUCGUUCGAGAAACCGCGGCACGUGAGCUGGAAGAGCGGCGCGCUGAUUGGGGCUACUCGAAGCCCGUUGUUGCGCUGGAUAUGUUAUGGAACACUGCGUUCGUGGUAGUUUCCGUGGCGAUGUUGAUUGUUACUAUUGAUGAGAAACCUAAUACGCCGAUUAGGUUAUGGAUCUGCGGGUAUGCACUGCAGUGUUUGGUGCAUGUGGUGUUGGUGUGGUUGGAGUACCGGAGGAGGAACACAAGGAGAGUCAGGGAUGAUGAGAGGGGUGGUGGUGGUGUGGGGGAUGUGAACAAUGAUAGUGAGGAUGAGGAUGAGCAGGAUGGUGGAAUAUCUCGGGGUUCAAAUCGAUCCAGUGUCACUAAACGAUGUGAAUCAAUAAAUACGAUGGCAUCAUUUCUUUGGUGGAUAGUUGGAUUUUACUGGGUAGUCUCUGGUGGAGAUGUACUCCUGCGGGAUGCUCCUCGUUUGUACUGGUUGGCUGUGGUUUUUCUGGCAUUUGAUGUGUUCUUUGCCAUCUUUUGUGUUGUUUUGGCAUGUUUAAUCGGGGUUGCUCUGUGUUGCUGCUUGCCAUGCAUUAUUGCAAUUCUCUAUGCUGUUGCAGGACAGGAAGGUGCAUCAGAAGCAGAUCUCAGUAUCCUUCCAAAAUACAGAUUUCAAAGAUUUAACAAUGAUGGAAAGCCUAGCGUGGGAGCUGGGAAAAUGGUUCCUUUAGAAACAAGCAGUGGAUACUUGGCAAAUGAACGUGUACUCUUACCUGAGGAUGCAGAAUGCUGUAUAUGUCUCAGCCCUUAUGAGGAUAGUGCAGAGCUUCAUACUCUUCCCUGCAACCAUCAUUUCCAUUCCACAUGCAUUGUGAAGUGGCUUAAGAUGAAUGCAACAUGUCCUCUCUGCAAGUUCAAUAUUCUCAAGGGAAAUGAAGAGGUAUAAGAAGGCUGGUUAACUGGACCACUCUUUGUAUAUACUGAAGAAACCACGGCAGCAAGAACAAAACUUCUCCAAACUUUUUUUUUUUUCUGGCGUUUGCGCUUCUUUUGAUAUUCACUGGCCUUGUGGAGUUGUUUUUCCCUUCUUGCCUUUGUAUGAAUUAUUUCAGGCGCAUGCACAAAACACACAGCAAUUGAUUAGCAGGUUUUAAUUCAUGCCUUGCUUAUUCUCCUUUUUUGGUUUUGUAGUUGUAUAGGAUGAAACAUAAUGGUUUUGAUGUAUUUUUUAGUUCUGUCAAUUAUACAGUAUUAUACAUACGUAUGUGUACCCUUGUGAUUGAAAUAAUAGGCAGCAUACUGUGAUGGAUUCUUUGCA